GGCGGCCGCGUCGCCGCCGGCAUCGGCGGGAAGUUCGGCACGCUGAUGUCCAUGGGACACAACAGCUUCGGCAGCAAGUCGUCGAAGGGCCAGGUCCACGUGCCUCAGCGUGCUCCCGGUGACCUCACAGAGGAGCAGCUGGCAGCGCACAACGAGCAGCUGGAGGCCAUUGCGGAGGACAAAGAGGUGCCGUGA